AUGCUCAGCCAACGCUGCAUAAGGUCAUCAGCCUUCAAGGCUCGUACCAUUAUCCGAACCGGAUAUUCGGUAGCUAAUAUCCCCGUUCGCCGUGUGUCCACCUUCCAAGAAGCUUUUCAACGAUCAACACCUCAACGGAACCCUCAAAAAGACAAGCGAGCCUAUGCUAGCGUCAGUCCGCACAAGCCUGCCACAGUCAUCAGCAACACUUCAAAACAGAGCACAACCACGACGCACGAGGUCGAGGUGAAGUGCGUUGCGCGAGCCCGUAUCCCCACCCCGCAUGGCCCAGCCUUCCUUCACCUCUACCACAACAAUCGCGAUGCCAAGGAGCACCUCGCGAUAGUUCUGGAUCCGGCUCAGCUAUCCGGCCGACCCAUGGUUGCUCCACCCAUCCGCAGUGCUUCCCUAGACUCGACGUGGAGCGAGGAGACUUCCAUGGACAGGCUCAUCCGCGGCGCAUAUAUCGGACGCCUGACAGAAGAUGUAGCGAUGCCGUCUGAUCCGGUAUCAGAGGAUGUCAGCGUGACUCCCUCCGUCUCUGCUUCUUCCGUCCCCGCGCCGCUGGUGCGGAUCCACUCGGAGUGCUAUACGGGCGAGACCAUCGGGAGCAUGCGCUGCGACUGCGGCGAGCAGCUCGACGAGGCCAUGCGGCAGAUCGCUGAGCCGAUGACUAUCUCUACGGGCCCCGGUGAGACCAAGACUAUCCCCGGCCGGGGCGCGGUUAUCUACCUGCGUCAAGAAGGCCGCGGGAUCGGACUUGCUGAGAAGCUGAGGGCGUACAACCUCCAGGACAUGGGCCACGACACCCUCUCGGCAAACCUGAUGCUCGGUCACGGGGCUGAUGAGCGCAGCUACGACGUUGCUGCCGCUAUUCUGCGCGAUCUGGGCAUGACAGAGCCCACUGGGAGCACUGUCAGUACCGACAAAGCGAUGGGCAUCCGCCUUCUGACCAACAAUCCAAACAAGAUGCAGGCUAUGACCGCCGCCGGCAUCAAUGUGCUCGACCGUGUGGAGAUGGUACCCCGGAGCUGGCAGUGCGACCAUGAUCACGAUCACUGUGCGCACAACUCACGCCAGACCGCCCGUGAGGCCGGCGCAACCAUGAUUGGCACAGACGCGGUUCGUGGGGCGGAUCUCGACAAGUAUAUCAAGGCCAAGGUGGAAAGGAUGGGCCACAUGCUGUCGGUGCCCAAGGAGGUCAAGAAGGUGGAGGUUGAUGUCAAGGUAGAGACGAAGCCUGAUGCAUCGCAGUAG